AUGCGAAAGGACCUGUUCAAUGAGAAGCACCUUCGAGACCUUCCUUGCGGCAAAGGCAUGGCGCAUGCAGACAGCAGUGACGACGAGGAGGCCUCUGACUCCAACCCCGUGGUCCUCGAGAGUGCGGUUGGGAUUCGGAACCUGUCCCUGGAGAGAGAGACUGCUCGCUCGCUGCUGCAGCAGGCGCGCGAAGCAACGGCCGCCGCACAGAAGCAGGUGGACAGCGGUCCGGAGGCGGCGUUGCUGCAACGCCUUCAAAUAAAGCAGAUGGCGCUCAGUUCAGAGCUCAAGCAGCGGGAGCAGGACCUACAGGCUGCCAAGCGAAGGGAACGAGCAAGCGGAGGAGUCUUCAGCGGUGGCGGCCUCGCGGUGGGUCGAAAAGUCCGGGUUAAGCAAGCUGACCGUUUUGGCCGAGCUUUUCCUGCAGGAGGGAUAGAGGACUGGGUCUGGGUGUGCCUCUUAUUUGGCUUAAGGUCCACAUUCAGCAUGCGGCUUGUGGCUUCAGUCUUUUCGUCUGCCAUGAUGCUGUCUUGGAAGCACUGGGCUCCCCUGUUCCUGGUCGGUGCGGUAGCUCGGAACCGCACAGAGUCCUGCGAGGACAUGGACAAAGAAGCCAUGUCCUGCCUACAGACCCGACAGGGACAAAAAGUCAUGAGUUCAAGCAGUGCUUGUGAUUGCGUGUACACCAUCCAGUCUGGGGAUACCUGCUGGGCAAUUUCCAAAGACUAUUUCGGGGUGGAGUACCCGGAUAUCCAGGUGAUGAGCACCGGGGAGACUUGCCCGGAUGCCGCCUUAUAUGUCGGCGACCAAGUAUGCGUUACCGGCCCCACCAAAGGCAAGGAGAAGUGCGAGGGUGGAAGUCCCGACUGCGUCUACAUUGUGCAGUCCGGGGACUCGUGUUGGGCCAUGUCAAAGGAGAUCUUUGAUGUGCCUUAUGAGUCGAUUACGAACAUGCAGACCGGCGAAAAAUGCCCGGACUGCGCUGUGAAUGUGGGUGAUCAGAUGCAGAUCGACAACCCACAAAAGGGCCAAGACAAGUGCGAAGGCCCAACCCCCACAUUUCCGCCAAGCCCGGGACGUUGUGAGUGGCCGGAGAACUUCCAGACGGAGCUGUACUGGAUGCCCUACACCGAGAAGGAUGCGCUUCCCUCUGCCGAUAUCCUGAAGCGCGUGACCAAGGUGAUCAUGGCCUUCGUUGGGACCUAUGCGUACACCAAGGAGUCGCAGUGGCAGGAGUACAAGUGCGAGUCCAGCUGCACCUUCCCGAAAGUCUGGCCCUUGGUCAGCAAGGGCCAGGAGUGGGCAACGCAGAUGAAAGCCAUGAACUCCAACCUCGAAGUGACGAUCUCCUUCGGUGGCUGGAACCAGGGCCCUGGAGACCAGAACCUGGACUGCUACGAAUUCUCCGGCUGCUAUGCCGAUGUUAACGGCCUAGCGGACGAGCUGGCGCAACUCAACGGUGGAUCCAUCGAUGGCAUUGACCUGGAUUACGAAAUGUCUGAAGACCUUUCGUCUGGCACAGGUGUCACCUUCCUCGGCUUGCUGAGCAAAGCGCUGCAAGAUCGCGGCGUUCAUGUCUCUCAGGCGCCCCAGCCGCCGUACUUCGACACUUCCGGCCCAGGCGGCGGCUCCUACACGAAGCUCUUGCAGGAGUACCCCGGGUGCAAGAAGGACGUCAUGGCGAUCCAGUAUUACAAUAACCCGAAUUUUGCCAUCGGCCUAGACGAUGACAACAUCGCGAUAAAUUACUGGGGUGCAGUGGAUGACAUGGGCGGCGACGCCUCCAAGGUGCUCUUGGGCCUCUGCUUCGUCGACUGCAAUGAUGGCUUCAGGGCCUACGACCCCAGCUUCCCAGCGAAGAGCCAGACCUUGGCACCCAACUUGCUCAAAAACGUAAUGUCCAAGGGCAUUGGCUUCGGUGGCAUCAUGAUCUGGGCGAACCCUCAGUCGAAGAAGAGCAGCAAGUGCAAGGAUGCUAGUGGGAAGGAUGACGGCUGCUUUCCCCAGAUGCCGGCAUGGCUGGACACCAUCUGCUACUCCGUGGGAGGCACGCCAGCUCCCACACCACCACCGCCGCCCGUGCCGGAGGAUGGAUACAACGGGCAGUUCAUGAUCCCAGCACAGUGGGGCUCAUCGUCCUGGAAAUACAAAGGCCCCAAGGGGCCAAUUGGCAUCUGCUUCGGUGGUGCCAGCGUCAUCCAGAUAAACACCGACGCCGGAUGUGCCCCAGGUGGUGAUACGUACCAAGUGACUGUGGACAUGUUGACGAAGGGCGGGCAGAAGUUCUACGAUUUCGGAGGGGGCGACCCUGACAAAAAGCAGUGGUACACCGAAGAUCUCCUGGCCAAGCUGAAUGACUACAUGGACACGCUCGUCGGAAGCUAUGAGGGCAUCUUCUAUGACAUCGAAACCUUCCCGAAGGACUUUAACCCAACAACCAUGAAGAGUGCCCUGGACCUCUCCUUCUCCAUGGCCAAGUCCAAAGGAUUCAACAUUAUCGCUAGUACUUCGUACACAUCACCUUACACGCCCUCAGGCUAUCCAAGCGACUACCAGCAGCGCGCCGACGAGGUGUGGAAGCAUGUCAUGGCGAAUCCGGACAUCGACAUCUUUGCGCCGCAGUUCUACAGCAACGGCAAGACGGCUGACAUCCGAGAGACCAGCGGUAGCUCCGUGAAGUUCACGACGUGGACCAGCACCAUCCAGGAUUCCUCCGGAAGGAUCCGCCCCAUUUUGAAGGCGUACUCCUGGCAAUACUACGAGAACCAGGUGGCUCAGAUGGAGCAGAAGUGCAAGAGCAUACCCGAUGAGUUUUGCCAAGGUGGCUAUCUCCUCUGGGGUGGCCCUUGA